GUAGCGCGGAAAAAGAGUCGUUUCCGGGAGAUUGCGAGGAAGUCGCGGGUGCACGGGCCGACGGUGGGUCGUCGGGGUGCGCGUAUUGGAUCCGGAUCGCGAUUCCGUGGGCAUUUUCUGUGAUGAUCUUCGAGUAAAUCGCUGGUAGCCUUAGUUUCGUUCCGUUUGCUCUGAGGCUCCGUGGUAGAAGUAGUAGUAGUAGUACCGUGGUACCGCGAGCGACCGUGGCAUGUGCCUGCAUAAUUGAUAGAUCCUGCGGUUGAGUGGCGACGGCGCGACGCCUCCCCCACCUAGGCGUACCGGCGCUCUCUGCGACAAGAUGGACGUUGCAGUCUAAGGAGAAAAUGGCGAUGGCACAGGAGGUCGGUGUUCAGCUGGGGGCGCGGGCCCACGUAUGAUCCAAGACAUGCCCCCAGAGCGCGAUCGUGACGCGAGUGUGACCCGACAUGUGCUCUUCUCUCUUCGUUCUUACCGGAAGCUGCCCAACUAUCUGCAAAAACGUUGUGCCUGACAACCAGCAAUAAAUGAAGACUAAUAUUCCAUAUGAUUUUUCAAGGACAUAUACUCAUAACAAAGAAAGUUGAUGGUAUCGUGGGGGCCUAGGCGCGAGGAGACAUGUCCGACGCCUCUGAUUCACUGUCCGAGGAGGAGCGUAGUCUAUUCCGUCCAUUUACGCGCGAGUCGCUUGCGACCAUCGAGACGCGAAUCGCCGACGAACAUGCCAAACAGAAGGAGCUCGAAAAGAAAAGAGCUGAUGGAGAGACCGGUUUUGGACGGAAGAAAAAGAAAAAAGAAAUUCGGUAUGAGGACGAGGACGAAGAUGAAGGCCCCCAACCAGAACAGUCCCUGGAGCAGGGUCUGCCAUUACCGGUUAGGCUUCAUGGCAGCUUUCCCCCGGAACUUGCGAGCACACCACUUGAGGACAUCGACCCUUUCUACAGUAACCAAAGGACUUUCGUAGUGAUCAGUAAGGGCAAAGACAUAUUCCGAUUCAGUGCGACAAAUGCUCUUUGGAUACUCGACCCCUUCAAUCCCAUACGCCGGGUAGCUAUUUACAUUCUAGUACAUCCGCUAUUUUCUCUCUUCAUCAUCACCACUAUCCUUGUGAACUGCAUUCUUAUGAUUAUGCCCACCACACCCACCGUAGAAUCAACAGAAGUGAUUUUCACCGGAAUCUACACGUUCGAGUCCGCCGUUAAAGUGAUGGCGAGAGGUUUUAUUCUUCAACCAUUCACCUACCUUAGAGAUGCAUGGAACUGGCUCGACUUCGUAGUCAUAGCUUUAGCUUAUGUUACUAUGGGAAUAGACCUCGGAAACCUCGCUGCCUUGAGAACCUUUAGGGUACUUCGUGCACUGAAAACCGUUGCCAUUGUGCCAGGUUUGAAAACUAUCGUGGGAGCUGUAAUUGAGUCUGUAAAAAAUCUUCGAGAUGUGAUAAUUUUAACUAUGUUUUCCCUAUCCGUUUUUGCUCUCAUGGGUUUACAAAUUUAUAUGGGCGUGCUUACGCAGAAAUGUAUAAAGAAUUUCCCGAACGACGGUAGUUGGGGUAAUCUGACACACGAGAACUGGGACCGAUUUAUGAGUAACGAGACGAACUGGUAUAGCGACCAUACUGGGAUACCGUUAUGCGGGAAUUCUUCUGGCGCCGGACAAUGCUUGCCUGGUUACACUUGCUUGCAAGGUUACGGGGAUAAUCCUAACUACGGUUACACCAGUUUCGACACAUUCGGUUGGGCCUUCCUCUCUGCCUUCCGCCUGAUGACCCAGGACUACUGGGAGAACUUAUACCAACUUGUCCUUAGAUCGGCCGGUCCCUGGCACAUGUUAUUUUUUAUCGUCAUCAUUUUUCUAGGCUCGUUUUAUCUAGUGAAUUUGAUUUUGGCCAUUGUAGCUAUGUCUUACGACGAGCUGCAAAAGAAGGCCGAAGAGGAAGAGGCGGCCGAGGAAGAAGCCAUCAGGGAAGCCGAAGAAGCUGCCUUAGCGAAAGCGAGUCGUGCCGAAGCUCACGCCGCCCGUGCAUCAGGUUCUCCACAUCCACCGCCAGACGGAGGUGGGCCUGAUAUCGUAAAGUCUCCUUCGGAAUUCUCCUGUCAUAGCUACGAACUAUUUGUAGGUCAAGAAAAGGGUCACGUGGAUAACAACAAGGAAAAAAUGAGCAUCCGAUCGGAAGGAUUAGAUUCCGUGAGUGAGCAAAGAGGAGUUCCUACAAAUCACACCACGCGGAAAGUCAGCACUACGAGCCUCAGUUUGCCCGGGUCCCCAUACAACAUACGGCGCGGUUCGCGGGGUAGCCACCAGCUUACGCUUCGGAAUAAUAGGCCGUACAAUAGGCCUGGUGACCGCAAACCCCUGGUUCUUUCUACGUAUCUCGAUGCCCAGGAACACUUGCCUUACGCUGACGACUCGAACGCAGUGACUCCGAUGAGUGAAGAAAAUGGUGCUAUGGUAGUUCCGAUGUAUUAUACAAAUCUAGGUUCUCGACACUCGUCGUACACAUCGCACGCCUCGAGGAUGUCGUACACCUCCCACGGUGAUUUGCUGGGCGGAUUCGCAAACAACGGAAAGAUCAUGACCAAGGAGAGCCAACUCCGAGGUAGAAGGAACGGACCGGCGACCGCAAACAACAUCAUGGAGUACAACCACAAAUCACAUCGGGGCGAAUACGACGGACCAACGGGUACGAUGUGCGAAGACAAACUGAAACAUUUAGACAAUCCAUUUAUAGACAAUUGUCAAAGACGAACUGUAGUUGAUAUGAAAGACGUGAUGGUUCUCAAUGACAUUAUAGAACAGGCUGCCGGCAGACAGAUGGGAGAACAAGAGCACGGAGUUUCUGUUUCUUAUUAUUUCUCAGCGAACGACGACGACGAAGAGGAUGAACCAACUAUGAAAGAGAAAAUAUUAGAGUGGCUCAUUAAGAUGAUAGAUAUAUUGUGCGUAUGGGAUUGCUGCUGGCUUUGGCUGCAGCUACAGAAAUACGUAUCACUUGUAGUGUUCGAUCCCUUCGUUGAGCUAUUCAUCACGCUCUGUAUUGUCGUCAAUACGUUAUUUAUGGCCUUAGAUCACCACGAUAUGGAUAAAGAUUUAGAGAAAGCGCUGAAGAGCGGUAAUUAUUUCUUCACUGCAACGUUUAUGAUUGAAGCGACGAUGAAGCUCAUUGCGAUGAGUCCCAAGUAUUAUUUUCAGGAAGGCUGGAACAUCUUCGAUUUUAUUAUUGUUGCGCUGUCGUUGCUCGAACUGGGAUUGGAAGGAGUUCAAGGUUUAUCCGUUCUGCGAUCAUUCCGAUUGUUGAGAGUGUUUAAACUUGCGAAGUCCUGGCCCACUCUGAAUUUGCUCAUAUCUAUUAUGGGCAGGACGAUGGGUGCGCUGGGUAACCUGACCUUCGUCCUGUGCAUUAUUAUAUUUAUAUUUGCCGUGAUGGGCAUGCAGCUUUUUGGAAAGAAUUAUUUAGAUAACGUAGACAGAUUUCCGGAUGAAAAACUGCCCCGAUGGAACUUUACGGAUUUCAUGCACUCUUUCAUGAUAGUUUUUCGAGUACUAUGCGGAGAGUGGAUUGAAUCCAUGUGGGAUUGUAUGCUGGUCGGAGAUGUAUCCUGCAUUCCUUUCUUUCUAGCGACUGUUGUUAUUGGCAAUCUUGUGGUUCUUAACCUUUUCUUGGCCUUGCUUUUGAGUAAUUUUGGAUCAUCAAACCUAUCCGCUCCAACUGCCGAUAACGAUACCAACAAAAUAGCUGAAGCGUUUGAUAGAAUAGGUCGGUUUAUAAAUUGGAUAAAAGCUAGUAUGCGGAGUAUAUUGAAGAUGGUUCGAUUCAAGCUUACAAAUCAAAUAUCCGACCAGCCGUCAGGUGAGGGACCGUCCAACAGUUGGAACAAAGAUGCACGCGAUGGUGGUUUAGAAAUAUCCGGUGACGAGAUCCUUGCGGAUGGUAUAAUAUUCAGGGAUAAGAAGAGUCCGAAGGAUCGACUGGAAGUGACGAUCGGCGACGGCAUGGAGUUCACCAUCCACGGUGACUCCAAUACGAACCUGAAGCGUGGUAAAAAUAACAUUAAUAAACCGAAACUCAUAGGCAACUCCCUUUUGGAACACGGCAACUACAUAGGCCACUUAGAAGACGAUCAAAUUAGCAAUAAAUCCUACGGAAGCCACAAACACCGAUUUAAGGACGAGAGUCACAAGGGUAGCGCGGAUACUUUGGACCAGGAAGAUCACGAGGAGAAGAGGGAUGCCAGCAAGGAGGAACUGGGAAUCGACGAAGACGCGGAGGACGAAUGCGACUGCCAAGGUCCGCUCGACGAGGACUUGAUCAUCAUCGACGCCGCUACAGACGAUAUGAUCGUGCAAGAGUACUCCGCCGACUGUUUCCCAGAAACGUGCUACAAGAAAUUCCCAUUCUUGGCCGGCGACGAAGAUUCGCCCUUCUGGCAGGGCUGGUCCAAUCUACGCUUCAAAACGUUCCAACUUAUCGAGAACAAAUAUUUCGAAACGGCUGUUAUUACGAUGAUUCUAUUAAGUAGUUUAGCGUUAGCACUCGAAGACGUACAUCUUCAGCAUCGGCCGAUAUUACAAGAUAUUUUAUACUACAUGGAUAGGAUAUUUACGGUUAUAUUUUUCUUCGAAAUGUUAAUCAAGUGGUUAGCUCUGGGAUUCCAGAAGUAUUUCACAAAUGCAUGGUGCUGGUUAGAUUUUAUAAUUGUUAUGGUGUCCUUAAUCAACUUCAUCGCCUCGUUAUGCGGCGCUGGAGGAAUUCAAGCCUUCAAAACGAUGAGAACACUUCGAGCUUUAAGACCGCUUCGUGCCAUGUCUCGAAUGCAGGGCAUGAGGGUGGUGGUGAACGCGUUGGUGCAAGCUAUACCGUCUAUCUUUAACGUAUUGUUAGUGUGCUUGAUAUUUUGGCUUAUAUUUGCCAUUAUGGGAGUGCAACUUUUUGCUGGAAAGUAUUUCAAGUGCGUAGACGGUAACAAGACUACUGUUAGCUACGAGAUUAUACCAGAUUAUAACGCUUGUAUUGCUGAGAAUUACACGUGGGAGAACUCUCCCAUGAAUUUCGAUCACGUAGGGAAAGCGUACUUGUGUCUAUUCCAAGUUGCAACAUUCAAGGGUUGGAUCCAAAUUAUGAACGAUGCCAUUGAUUCAAGAGAAGCACUGAAACAACCAAUAAGAGAAACAAACAUCUACAUGUAUCUCUACUUCGUAUUCUUCAUUAUCUUUGGCUCGUUCUUCACGCUUAACUUGUUUAUAGGAGUAAUCAUUGAUAAUUUUAAUGAACAAAAGAAGAAGGCGGGCGGUUCUCUGGAGAUGUUCAUGACUGAGGAUCAAAAGAAGUACUACAACGCCAUGAAAAAGAUGGGAUCGAAGAAACCAAUGAAAGCCAUACCUAGACCAAAGUGGAAACCUCAAGCAAUCGUAUUCGAAAUAGUGACAAACAAAAAGUUCGACAUGUUCAUUAUGUUGUUUAUCGGUCUGAAUAUGUUGACAAUGACUAUGGACCAUUACCAACAGAAAGCAACAUUCACUAUGGUAUUAGACUACCUCAAUAUGAUCUUCAUAGUAAUAUUCAGCAGCGAGUGCCUGAUGAAAAUUUUCGCUUUACGUUACCAUUAUUUUACCGAACCUUGGAAUCUUUUCGAUUCGGUGGUGGUCAUUCUGUCUAUCCUCGGUCUGGUGCUGAGUGACAUCAUCGAAAAGUAUUUCGUUUCACCCACACUAUUGAGAGUGGUGAGGGUGGCUAAAGUAGGUCGAGUACUUCGACUCGUCAAAGGCGCAAAAGGAAUUCGUACGUUACUGUUUGCGCUCGCCAUGUCACUGCCUGCCCUGUUCAAUAUUUGUCUGUUGUUGUUUUUGGUCAUGUUUAUCUUUGCUAUAUUCGGCAUGUCGUUUUUCAUGCACGUUAAAGAUAAGAGCGGCCUAGACGACGUUUACAAUUUCAAGACGUUUGGACAGUCCAUGAUUUUACUUUUCCAAAUGUCUACUUCGGCCGGUUGGGACGGAGUACUCGACGGUAUUAUAAACGAGGAGGAUUGCAAGCAGCCGAAUAACGAGAUCGGCGAGACAGGAAACUGCGGCAACUCCACCAUAGGCAUCGCAUUUAUUCUUAGCUACUUAGUGAUAUCGUUUCUGAUCGUCAUCAACAUGUACAUCGCCGUGAUCUUGGAGAACUACUCGCAAGCAACCGAAGACGUGCAGGAAGGCCUUACGGACGACGACUACGACAUGUAUUACGAAAUAUGGCAGCAGUUCGAUCCGGAUGGGACGCAGUACAUCCGGUACGACCAGUUGUCAGACUUCCUGGACGUGCUGGAGCCGCCGCUACAAAUACACAAGCCGAACAAGUACAAGAUCGUUUCGAUGGAUAUACCGAUCUGCAAGGGCGACCUCAUGUUCUGUGUGGACAUUCUUGAUGCGCUGACGAAGGACUUCUUCGCCCGCAAGGGCAACGCUAUCGAGGAGACGGCAGAGCUGACCGAGGUGCAGGCCAGACCUAACGAGGUCGGGUAUGAACCAGUCAGUUCUACCCUCUGGAGGCAACGCGAAGAGUACUGCGCCCGACUGAUCCAGAACGCUUGGCGGAAACACAAGCGACAACGAUGCGGCCUCACCGACCAGUCCGACGACGGGGACGACGGCGAGUGCGAAGACGACGAAGGUGAGGGUGAUGGUGGUGACGGUGGUGGUGACCGAGUUGGUGCUGGUGGUGACGGUGGAGACAACGGUGGAGACGGUGGAAGCGGUGGAGUCAGUGGACCCGGCGGAGACGGGGAUGGGGUCGGUGACUCGAGUGAUCUGGGUGAUCUAGGGGCUCGACAGACAGCCGUGCUCGUCGAAAGCGACGGCUUUGUCACAAAAAACGGGCACAAAGUGGUCUUACACAGCCGCACGCCCAGCCUUAGUUCGCGCUCCGCAGAUGUCUGAGAACGGCCCCGCCCCUCCCCGGCCGCGGACUAGCAUCGAUUCAUCUCGAUUUGAUCGACUGAUCUGCACGACCGAUUGACCCGUCAGGUCGAUUGGAUCCAUCGUCCAUCCAUUGGAUCGGUCGGGACGAUCAAGUCGAUCGCUAGCCGGGCCACAUGCCUGUGGCGACUCCUUAUCUCAGCUCUAUUCGAUUCGCAACUUUUUGUAACUUGUUAUUUGUGCUCCCUUUAUGCAUAUACAUCGAAAAACUAGGACUUUAACAAUUCUACCCCCGAAGAAAAAAACAAAAAAAAAAAGGAGAAAAGAUUCGUUUAUCGUUUAUCGAUUAUUGAUUAUAUAUAUAUAUACUUAUAUAUAAAUAGAGAUGUAAAUCGUUGAAUCCGCGAAUACAACUGAGAUAAGUCGAUCAUCGACAUGGAAUGCAAAGUCUGUGCUGAGUAGUUUGAUGGAGAAGGUAUCCUAAUGUCAACUGCUUUGCUGCUCAUAUUGCUAUUAAUAUCGCACACGUGUAUAGAGACCUGUAAUAUAUCAAAUUAUAUAAUAAUAGUUUUAUGAACAGUGUGUAUUGUGUGAUCUAGGUGAAAUUCCACUAGAGCGUGCUCACUAUAAACAACAACAACAACUACAACAAAAUAACAGCAGCAACAUCGUAAGACUAAAGUCUGAUAUACUAUGUAAGAGUAGAGGAACGGUACCAAAUUUUCGUUGCGAUUGAUGAUUUCCAUUUCGGUUGAAGGGGACGCUCAAGUCCCAGCUUGAGCGUACCAUUCAUCCGACCAAUUGACGCGUCCAAUUAUUUUGAUAUCGAUGAAUUCGUUUCUACAAAAUUCGAAGCAAAGCACGCCUGCCAUUCGGUGGAACUUCAAUUAUAUCUAGGAACAUUACUAUAAGCUGGUUGAUGUCACUAGAACAGUUCAUUUCCGUAUAUUUCUAUCAUUUUAUACCAAUUUCUGUAUGAAUUUUCCGGACUGUUUGCGUUGUUCUGGUUAGCUAGAUUGCCCAGGAUGCGUUUGGCUCGACGUGUGUGACAAGAUGCGUAAGAUCCAUAAAGCACAUUGAGCACAGUUCCCAAGUGCUACAUACACCACCACGAAGCCAAUCGCAUCCAGAUACAAAUUACGAUUCUGAAUUAUUCUUCCAUACCUGUAUGCAAAUUUGUGACAGGGGUUUGGCGCUCGUGCACCCGACUCAUUGACAUAACUGUUUUCUUGUUAUUUUUUUUUAAAUUUUAAAUUUAUUAUCUAAUUAUGUUCUAAAUGGGCCCCAAAGUCAAUGAACAAUCACUUAAUCCAAAAAAAAAAUGGACUAUUUUAAAUCACAUCACGUCGACUAACUAACGUUAUUAACUUAAUGGUGCUUUCUUCAAUUGCUAUAUUCAAGCUAUCUUCACAUGCUGUAUGGACUGCAUUUAGGGGAGGGGCGAAAGGGUAAAUUUGCAAAAUUGUACACAAUUUUUUGUAUGCCUCGUACAAUAUUAUCUAUCGUAAGUUUUUUAGUAUGUGUGACAUUUUUUCAUUGGCACGUGAUCUCGAGCACCCAUCCAUUUAAUUAACUGAAGCGAAAGAGAGAAAAAUAAAUAUGUGAAAAAAAAAAUUAAUAAUAAUAAUAAAGAAGUAACAUUGAGAUUUAUAAGAGAAAAGCUUUCGAUUUCAUUUCGUCCAAUGCAGAAAAAAAAGAGAACAAAAGAGAAGAAGUUGAUACUAAUAAUGAAGAGAAAAUGAAAACAUUUGAUGAACAAGAAAAUGAAUGCCUAUUUUAUAUACAAAUAUUUAUAUAAAUAUAUAUAUAUAUAUACAUAUAUAUAUACUUUGUUAUUAAUUUGUUCUCACGGAACGGAAAAGAUAGAUGGCGGCGAUGAGAUGUGAAAAGAAACAAAAGAUAAUAUGAAAUUGUUGUUUACCAUGGCUGGACCAUUCAAGGAAAAAAAUUCGCAUUUAUUUCAUAUUCGAUUUUGAUCAUCAAAUGGCAUAACCAAAAAUGUCACUCAUACCUGUCGAAAAAAAAAUUAUAAAUCUGAAAUAUAUAUAUGUCUAUAUAUAUAUACCUAUAUGUACAUAGACGUAGAUAUAGAUGUAUAUGUAUAUAUAUAAAUAUAUAUAAGUAUAUGUAUAUAUACCAAUAUACCAAAAAACUAUGUAACAUUAGCGAGAUCACGGAUAGUGCGGCGAUCUUGAGAUGAAUGAAUACUCAAUACCGAUGGACUAAAGAGAAACCGAAAUCAACCACACAAUAUGCAUCACUGAAAACAUUCGCAGUUUAGCAGUACGAACUGCCAUAUAUAUAUAUAUAUUUAUAUAUAUAUAUAUAUUCUAUGAAAUAUAUACGUUUUUUGUAAAACC